GCAGUGCCCGGGAAGUGCACGCAAACAAAGAGGAAGCGCGUGGAUUUGACUUAAAGGGAAUGCACCGUGCAGUAAGAGCGACUGUCCCAUUACACAAGCCGCUUUAAAUCAAACAAUACUACGAAUAAUAAUUGGAUUUAGGACGAGAAAAGAAACAAAUAGCAAGAAGGAUUCACAUUGCCGUGUGUAUGAUGCCCCACCUUUUGACAUAACCUGGAUGCAUGGGCCCUGGUUUUGCAAGGCAGCAAGAACCUUUUGCAGGACAAUCCGUGUGUGUACGCCUCUCCUCCAGGAGCACUCCCAUCCUAUAAUCGACGUUUGGGGCUUUGCCUCAUCAGCGAGACCUCAGUCGAGACGCUUCGGCCUCUCAUCUCCGUCUUUCCUAGCCCUCUCUCGAGCCGUGUGGAAGGACGAUCGGUUGGAAAUGGCCGAGCAGAGAUACUGCGUGGAGUACGCCAAGCGUGGCCAGGCGGGCUGCAAGAAAUGCAAGGACAAGAUCGUGAAGGGGCUGGUGCGCAUCGGGAAGAUCGUACCCAACCCGUUCAGCGAGUCCGCCGGCGAGAUGAAGGAGUGGUAUCACGUGAAGUGCAUCUUCGAGAAGCUCGAGCGCGCCCGGGCCACCACUAAGAAGAUCGAGGAUAUUACUGACCUGGAGGGCUGGGAGGAGCUGCAGGACGAGGAGAAAGAGCUGAUCAAUAAGCUUGUCGCAGAUUCGGCAUCCAAGGUUAAAGCGAGUCCGAAGAAGAAGGUGCAGGCCAAGUUGAACACCAGCGGGGAGUUAUCUGCUCCUCCCGCUGAUCCGACCGUGAACGCGCCGCGCAAGUUUUCCGGCUUCACAGCAGCAAAAGCCGGUUCAUCCUCGUCGAGUCCAGGCCCGUCCCCCGCUAAAGCCCCCCAGGGCAGCGUUCUGUCCGCUCAGUUCUGCCAGCCGGACCACAAGGACUGCCUGUUCCGCGAGUUCCGCAAACUCUGCGCCAUGGUGGCCGAGAAGUCCAGCUACAACACGAAGACUGAGAUCAUCAGGGACUUCUUAAAGAAGGGUUCUGGUGGAGAUAAGUUUAAGGGCGAUCUCUUCCUGACGGUGAAGCUGCUCCUCCCAGGCGUCGUGAAAAGCGUCUACAACCUCAAUGACAAGCAAAUCGUCAAACUCUUCAGCCGCAUCCUGAACUGCAACCAGGACGAGAUGGUGCGCGACCUCGAACAGGGAGACGUCUCAGAGACGGUGAGGAUGUUUUUCGACGCCAGCAACUCGUUCCCUCCUUCGACCAAGAGUCUGCUGACCAUCCAGGAAGUGGACGCCUCACUAAACCGCCUGGCUCAGCUCACUAAAGAAGAUGAGCAGCAGGCGGAACUGGAGGAAAUCGCCAAAAAAUGCACAGGGAACGACUUGAAGUGUUACAUCCGUCUGGUAAAACAUGAUUUGAAGAUCAAUUCAGGGGCCAAACACGUCCUGGAUGCUUUAGACCCCAACGCCUACGAUGCCUUCAAAGCCUCUCGAAACCUGGGCGACGUGGUCGACAGAGUCCUACGAAAUCAGGAGGAGGCAUUGAACGGGGGCGGCCCGAGGAAACUCCUAAGCAUAGAAGCAACGCUUAUGACCCCUGUGCAGCCCAUGCUGGCAGAAGCCUGCAAGUCCGUCGAGUACGCCAUGAAGAAAUGCCCGAACGGAAUGUACUCCGAGAUCAAGUACGACGGCGAGCGCGUGCAAGUGCACAAGAACGGCAACCACUUCAGCUACUUCAGCCGCAGUCUCAAACCCGUGCUGCCUCACAAGGUGGCCCACUUCAAAGAGUUCAUACCUGAGGCUUUUGCUAGAGGCCACAGCAUGAUUCUAGACGCCGAGGUUCUCCUGAUUGAUACCAAUACCAGUAAGCCUCUGCCAUUUGGGACGUUAGGAGUCCACAAAAAAGCGGCGUUCCAAGACGCACAAGUGUGCCUGUUCGUUUUCGACUGCAUUUAUUUCAACGGGGUCAGCCUCAUGGACAAGCCGCUUUGCGAGAGGCGAAAAUUCCUUCAUGACAACAUGGUGGAAGUGCCGAACAGGAUUUUGUUCUCGGAGAUGAAGCACGUCACGAGAGCUGCCGACUUGGCUGAAAUGAUCACGCGAGUCAUUAGAGAGGGACUGGAGGGACUUGUUCUGAAAGACAUCAAGGGGGCGUACGAACCUGGCAAACGCCACUGGCUGAAGGUGAAGAAAGACUACCUGAAUGAAGGCGCGAUGGCAGACACUGCAGAUUUAGUGGUUUUGGGGGCGUUUUAUGGAUCAGGCUCAAAAGGCGGAAUCAUGUCCAGUUUCCUCAUGGGCUGCUACGAUCCCGCCUCAAAGAAAUGGUGCACGGUGACGAAAUGCUCUGGAGGCUACGACGAUGCCACGCUCGCCAGACUGCAGAAGGAGCUGGACGUCAUUAAAAUCGGCAAGGAUCCAAGCAAGAUCCCACCAUGGUUAAAAAUAGUCAAGAACUACUAUCCGGAUUUUCUCAUCCGAGAUCCUGAGAAAGCCCCUGUAUGGGAGAUCACGGGUGCAGAGUUCUCCAAGUCCGAAAUGCACACAGCCGACGGCAUCUCCAUCCGGUUCCCUCGGUGCACUCGCAUGCGGGACGAUAAGGACUGGAAGACGGCCACCAACCUCCCCCAGCUCAAGGAACUUUACCGUGUCUCGAAGGAGAGAUGCGACUUCGAGGUGACAGCGGGGCCUUCUACAAGCAGCAAGAACGACAAGGGCUCUUCAGGAGGAGACAGCGGAGGCAGCUCACCAUCCACCUCGAACAGCGCAGCAAACUCAAACAAAGCCAAAAAUGGUCACACUCCAAAGCCAAAGGCGGUGAAACCUGCAACUCCAUCCUCUGCAAAGAGGAAGCUGGCCUCCGAGGAACACGGUGCAAAGAAGAUUAAGGUCGAACCAGUUCACAGCAACGGGCAAAGCAAAGCGAAAGCGUCUCCGGCUAAAGCAGCUGCCCCACAGCAUGACAAGACUCUGCUGGACAUCUUCGGCGGAGUGAAGCUGCAUCUCCCGGGAUCGGUGAAGGACUUCGAAAAGCUGAGGCGCUACUUCUUGGCGUACAACGGCGACCUCGUUCCCGAUUACGCCGCCGCCUCCGCGACGCACACCCUAGCGGACCCCGAGGAGGGCAGCCGGGCCCUGAAAGUCACCGCCGACUGGAUCUGGCAGUGCAUAAGGAAAAGAAGAGUGGUUCCUCCUUGCUGAAAAAAACUUAUUUCUGGGAAAGUUUCUCGCGUUAAAACAAAAUGACCUACAGACAUUCAGGCAACUGAAAAUAUUGUUGACCAUAAAACAAUACGUGCUCGUUCAGGACGGAUAUAAACUUGGGGCAGUUUACAUGAAA